CUGCUUUGCUUUCUGAACCAGAACCUUCUACCUGAAGGAGAGACCAGACCACGCUCGCAAGCCGCGUCCUAACUAAGCUUAGCAGUACUUCCUUCGCGCCCAGCGCUCACGUUCUGAGUGUAGAUCAGAUAAUAAGCGAAAAGUGUGGUGGCUCCACAAUUGCAGAAGCCGUUGUUUUCCCGCCUUUUCAGGUUUGCACUCCCAGAGCGGCUGAACUGUUAAAAAGAAAGCGGAACAUAAGUUUCCUGUUUAUCGCGUCUUAGCUCAGCAGUUUGGAGGCUUGGCUGUCUGAGAAGUCGAACUCCUCGGGCUCGCUGUAGAGACCUUCCCAAUACCAAACACUUUAUCCAGUGAGUCUCCCAAGGCUCCGCUCCCACGAGGUUUCCGUAGCUAAUGUAUCGUGCGUUUCUAGGAGGAGCUUUCUUUUUAAAGCAGACAGACAGCAAAGCAGGAGGAAAAGCAACUGGACGUCUGUGAGACCUUGAAAUACAGAGAGCAGUUUCCUCCAGCUGUGGGAGAUGUACCCCCGAAGAAGAUAUGAGCCUUGGCAUUCUUGGACUGGUAUGCCAUAUGAAAACAAUGGGCCAGAUAGGCCACAUCCAGGUGGGGGCCAGUUUCAUCCUCAGGAACAGUGGGAGCAUCAACAGUGGCAAUAUCGUGGCAACUUUAACAAUGGCGGCAACUUUUCUGGAAGAUUUAACAGAGGUGGCAACUAUAAUGAUGGCAACUUUUGGAAACGAGGCACCUACAAGAGACGCGCUCGAGGAAAUGUUCAUGAGUACCGUGGCCAUUUUAAAAAACGAUGUGAAAGAAAGUUCUACAAAGGUGAUUUUUGCAGCUCAUCACGGUCCUCCAAUUUAACUGAUGUGACGCCAAGCAAAAAAGAAAAUGAUUCUGAAACGGUGGAAGCAAAGUCAGUAGCACCCAAGUCUGAACAAGGCCAGAAGGAUUCUGCAGCUUCCGUGAAGCAAUCUGGUCCACCUCAGGUACAACUGAAAGACAGACAGGCUACUGAAGAUCCUCUUACCCACACUGCCUCUCUUCUCUCUGCUGAAGCAUCUAUAGAAGAACAAGCACCAUCCGAAACCACGGAAGAUUUUCAUCCCAUAAAGGAGGAGUCUGUGGAGGUCCAGCUGAAAGAGAGUCAAGCUGUAGAAAUCCCUUCCAGCCAGACUGCCUCACUUCCAUCUGCUGAAGCACCUCCAGAAGAGCAAGCACCAUCUGAAACCACAGAAAGCUUCCAUCCCUUGAAAAAGGAAGAGUCUGUGCCGCUGGAAGACAGCCAGCCUACAGACCACUCCAGCCAGGUUAAUUCACAUCUGCCUGUAGAAAUACCAUUCCUCUCUGACAGCAAGGAAGAUACUGAACUGACCCAAAUGGCACACAGCCACCAAGAUGCAGUCAGCAAUCAAGUCUGUGUUGCUUUGACUACUGACUCAUCCAGCUUUCUAGCUAGUCCCGGUGAUGUACAUUUUGUCCCUGUGCUGGUGAGAGAAAAAGAAAUUGAGCUGACUGAUCCCUGGGAAGAUUUGUCUUCUCUUCAUGACAAACACCUCCAACGAUGGGCACCUGAAGAUUAUCAGGAGCCACCCCAGUGUGCGGAUAUUGCUGGCAAAUGUGACACAGUCUCGGAUUGUGACAGAGACUCAGUGUCCUCUUAUACUUCAACUCAUACUCAUGUGUUUUGUGAUCGAAAAUCUGAUUCUGGAAGAGUGUUGGAAUCCCUUUGUUGCUCACCAAAAAGUCAUCACAGAAGUGAUUCAAGCCAUUCUAGCACCAAUUGGCCCCUAAGGGCAUUGCGUUGUUGUAGUCCGCAAUCCCCACCGAGACGACAGUGGAGUCUGCAGUCCCCACCGAGACGAGAGCGCCACCACUCCAGGGACUCUCAGGCUUCACCUGGGGGGAGAGAGGACCAUUUCCGGACAGGUUCCUACAGUCACUCACAUUAUAAAUAUUGCAGGAAUCCAAUCCAAGAGAGGCAGCAGGAAAGAAAUGUCCCUCCCUUGUAUUUUGCUCAUAAAACACAUUGCCACCAUUAUUCCAAAGAAAGGAGCAAAUCCUACAGAGUGUCCCAUUCCUUCUCUCCAGAGAGCCCCGACCUGAAAAUGAAAACUAAUCUGCAGAAGAUAAAGAAGAAAAUAUUAACCCACCAUGACGAAACUGAAAAGAAAAAGAAAAAAUUAAUGCGCUCUGAGGAAACCAAAAGGAAAAAGAGAGCAACUUCAGAGAAAGAUACAAAGUCUCCGAAGAUCAAGAAGAAAGUCAGAAAGGCUCAAACUCCUGUCAGUCAUGACACUUUGUCUUCAGCUGCUGAAGCAGCCAUUCCACAAGACAUUGCCGGCAAUUUACAGUCUGUGAGAACAAGAGAGUCUGAGCCGCUCCAGAUGCGUGGCAGCAAUGAAGACCCAGACUCUCGUUGCCAACCCUGCAGAGGAAGGGAAACUGGUGUUGCAGGCCAGUCAAUGACUCCCUGUGUCCGUUCUGCAACUGUGCUGGCAAGAAAGGAACAGAUUGAGCAGGACUAUCAGCAGGUGAUCCUCAUCUUUGCAAUGGUGGCCACCAUGCUGUUGGAGACACAGCCUUGCAUGGAGGAGGCAAUGGAAGCAGCAUUAAAGACCAACCUGAGGAGGGUUGGAAACUACUAUGUGCGCUCGCUGAAGGAUUUCAUUGACAGCUUUGAUUUGGCCAGAGCCAGCUGAAGAGACUUGAGAUCUGGCCAGUGUGGCUAAGGACUUCUUGUAGGAUAGAAUCAAUGGGGUGGGAAACUGCAUGAUUGGAGAGGCCUUCUUUUGGUGGCAGAGAUGAAGUCCCAACUGAUGUGAUUUUGACUGCGGCUGCUACAGAAUAGAGAAGACAAUGGUUGGGGCUUAGACAUAUUACCGCUGAAGAAAGGGAUGAGAAAAGGGUGUGGGGCUGGGUCCCUUCUGGUACACAGUUCUUGUGGCAGGGGGUUAUUUUGAGAAGUGUUGACCUUCAGUUGUUCUGAAGGGGCCAGUAAUUCAGUGGGGGAGUAAGUUGGUUUUGGCAUGCUACCUUGGUGGAAUUUUCUGAUUGCAAAGAUUUGCUCUUUGGUCUGGCAUCAAGGCUUAUAGUAACAUGGCUAAUUCUGUGUCUGUGAGCUCUGUAUUGAAUUCUGACUCUCCUGCUGUAACACACAGGGAAAUGGAGGAUGACCCUUGCCCAAUUGAAGCUUCAGAAGCCCCCCCUCCCCCUUAAAUGCCUUAAUGAAAGUCUUAACAUUUGUUACCCUCUUACAGUUGUUUUUUAAAUAAAACCAUUGAUAGAAACACA